AGGCAGUUUGCAAACAGAGCGUGAUGGUACAUUUGAAGCUCUUUUUCGCCUCUUAACAUUCAUCGAUUGCAUUAAAAGUGGUUUAAAAGUAGCAAGCGCUGAAUCAAGAUGCUAAAGACAUCGUUGCUUGAGACUACGGACAGUCCUUCGCGUUCAAAUCCGUGGUCGCCUUCUUCUUCGUUCGUCAAGCUCGGAUCGUUGCAGAAUGUUAUCUCUCUAGCAGAGAAAACCGGACAUUUACGAAAGGAUUCAAAUGUAAAACAAGAAACAAAGAGGAAAGUACUARGCUCGCCAUCAAUUCAAAUGAUCACAGUGUUGAGAGAUAUUACAAAGACAGGCCAUGCUCUUGAUAAGGUUAACAGAGAGAUUCAAAAACUGCUUCGACAUGCUGAAACACAAGAUGUUACCAAUAUAGAUAUAUUAGCUACCAGAGCACAUAAACUGGAGAAGAUUUCAUUGCAUUUGUCUUCAGUCAUUGAUAAAAAAGAUGAUUUAAUAGCAAGACUACAGCAACCAUUUGUUGGGGAAUACUUGAUGAUGGACUCUCAAUAUCACUCAUCUGCCUCUUCAUCACUCCCCAUGAUUGCUUCACAGCUAGCAGCCUUACCAGAUCAUCUUGAUGACCUAACAUGGGCAAACAACUUUACACUUAAAGAUGGACAAUUGGAGAACAUCCUCUCCAGCAUCGAGUCAUCAUUCAUAGACUUACAGAACUAUUUUAGAGCAUUAACCAAAAGCAGAAAGAUCAUGGGACAACUUACACUUCAAAAAACCCGUUUACCAGAAGAAACAUAGAAAGGAAGUUUGGUCACCAUGGCGCUCUUUCAACACAUUACACUUUGCUAUUUAUACCUGUCAUAAAUUCCUAUCUUAACGUUUCAAA